UUCAUGCACCGGUGCGGUGGAGGGAGGAAGCUAAGGCUAAGCUAAGCUACAAGUUAGCGCGCGCGCCUGAGAGACCUUAUGUUUGGUGUUUAUGUUUUUUUUUAUGUAUGUAUUUAUUUAUUUAUUUAUUAUAAAGCGUUAGGUUCGGAAUGCAGCUGUGUAGCUCCGAGAGCACAGCGCUUACCUGUCUCAGUCAGCUUUAGUGCAGCUAAAGAACAUCAACACCGCGGGCUAAAGCUGCAAAUCCGCCCCGAGUCACUUAUAAUGACUUACCUGCUUCCUAACUGCACUUAUCCCCAACAUUAACCUUUAUACACAACUCUAAACUUGAUAUCUAUAUAUAUUAUUGCUAACUUUGUACUAAAUAAUAAUAAUAAUAAGUAAAUCUUGUGCUGCAGGAGGAUAUAUACCAGUAAUAUUAAAAUAAUGACUGUUAAGCUUUGUUAAUGCUUUCAUGUUAAAAUGAAACAGUAGUACACUUUAUAUACAGUUGUGCCCAAAAGUUUGCAUACCCCUUGCAGAAUCUGCUAAAUAUUAAUACUGUUAACAAAAUAAGACGGAUCAUAAAAAUCCCCAUGUUACAUGAUACAUUAAGAGCCAGGGGGUGUAAACUUUUGCACAGGAUGAUCGGUGUAAAUUGUUAGUAUUUUGUCUUCUUAGAGACAUGUAACUAUCUUAUUUAGUGUCUGAAGGGUGGUACUAAAUGGGGGGGGCAUAAGCUCUUUAAACAAAAUAACAAUUUACACCGAUCAUCCUGUUCAAAAGUUUACACCCCCCUGGCUCUUAAUGUAUCGUGUUGCUUUCUUGAGAAUCAGUAAACAUGUUUGCAGCAUGUUUUAAUAGUUGUGUACGAGUCCCUCAGUUGUUCUCAGUGUGAAAAGACGGAUCUGAACGUCAUAUAGCCGCUGUUGGAAAGGGGUCAGAUGUGCAGAAGAUGCUGGAAAAGCAGAGAGUGUGCAGGACCUGGAGGAUUUUUCUGAAGAACAGUAGGCAGUUUAACUGCUCAGGACAAACAAGGGACUCAUAAACAAAUCUCACAAAAUAUAAAAAACAGUCGUUUAUCAUCUAGGUAAUGACACACAGUAUUAAUAAUCAAGCAUAUGUAAACUUUGGGAUGGGGUACAAAGCAUUUGUCCAUAGCACAAAUGGUCCGCUGCAUCAGAAUACCCCUCCUAUACAGCAGGCCAAAGCAGCAGUAUGUCCGAAUUCCGAGAAACACCCGGACAACCCGCCACCGAGACUCCGCAGAUCCUGCUGAUCGGCUUGCUUUUCCAGAUGAUCCUUCUUGUUUUCCUCCUUAACCACUAGUUCACAUGAGGAACUGAAGCGGAAGUUACAUUUUUUGAGUCGUCCUAAGUAAGUUUCUCUGUGUUUUUCUUAGCAAGCGGUUCAUCGUCCUCACGGACGAGCGAACGCCUGACUGCGCUCUUAUGAACUCGCUCUUAUGUUCCAGAGGGAUCGGUGUCGUCGAUUCCAAAGUCGAUGGUCCGCUCUGCCAGAUUCUCUUCGGAAACAACAGCAUCUCGAAACAGUACCGGCAAGACAUCGAAGACCACAUCUUCAGUCUGAUUCAGCAGCACCAGCAGAGUAACGGCCAACGAGCGUCCGUGUCACAGCCCCAACCACAGAACUCAAGUUUUGUCAUGGAGGAAAAUCAUGGAGGAACAACCGCCGCUUCAACAGGAAAGAACGUUCGAGAUGCUUUUUGUGUGGUGGGGAGCGUGUUGUACUUCACCACCUUCUGUCUGGAUAAACUUGGUCAGCCCCUUCUGAACGAAAAUCCCCAGCUGACAGAAGGCUGGGACGUUCCUAAGUAUCCUUGUGAUCGUAUUUGGACGCGCUUUGUUUUGUUCCCGUGUUUUCUGUCGUGUGUGAUCAUUUUUUAUACCUCUCAGAUGUACAUGUAUACCUUCCUGAAUGACAUCUUCAAAAGGUACCAGCAGGUGUUUGCCCAGAUCGUUGCUUUAGAGGGGCAGGAAGUGCAGAUCAAGGAGAAGAGGCCAAAACCAUGCUGCUUUAACUGCGGCGUCGACGACCACCAACUACGAGAUUGUCCAAAGCCCAAAGACAUGGCACGAAUCAACGCAAAGCGAAAAGAGUUUGCACAAGUCAACCAGGGCAACGUUCAGAGUAACCAGCGGUACCAUGCGGAGGAGUUGGAGGAGCGCUUCUUGAAGUACAAGCCAGGAGUCGUGAGUAAAGAGCUCUCGGACGCCCUCGGCAUUGUCGCUAAUACACUUCCGCCAUUUAUUUACCGCAUGAGGGAGCUGGGAUACCCACCUGGCUGGUUAAAGGAAGCCGAGAUGGAAAACUCGGGCCUGAUGCUCUACGACGGUAAACCAUCGGGAGAGGACGCCUCAAACGGCCCUGACCAAAGUGUGUCCUAUGACGUCUCAAAGCUAGUGGAUUUCCCUGGUUUUAAUGUGUCUGCGCCCUCCAACGUUAGAGAUGAGUACCGAUCAUUUGGUUCCAUCCCAAUGCAGCCUCAACACUGGAAGCCGACAUUUGCUGCUCGGUUGUCCGAUAUGUUACCGGAGCCCGAUUCCAAAUGUAUGAAAAGGUGCCACGAGCCUGAAUUAACACCAGAGCAGACCAAGAAGCGGCGGUCAAAUUCAGACCUCUGCUCAGAUAUGGACACAGACUCAGAUCAUGACACUCCCAAACGAGACAGAUUUGACGAUUUCCAGUUUCAGCCUCCACUUCCUCCAGAUUCUCCGCGCAUUAGUACACCUCCACCCUUACCUCUGGGAACCCCUCCGGUCACACCCACUCCACCUCUCCCUAAAGGCACGCCCCCUCCAACACCACCCACAUAUGCGGGUUCUCCAGUUCUGUCCGGUCGAAGCGGAGCGGUGGGGGAGGAGUCGGAGGACGGGCUGACAUUAGAGGAGCUGGAGGAACAGCAGCGGCUGCUGUGGGCAGCGCUUGAGAGCGCCGACACUGGCAACAGUGACUCGGACACUGGGGCCACCGGCACGCCUGGCACGGGCUCGCCCCGUGUGUCCCUGUUAGCUGAGCCUGGUGCCGAGUUAGAGGAGGGGGCGCAAGAAUCCGAGUCAAAGGACGAGGAGCCCUCCGACAACGACUGCGAACUUUCAAGCACGCCAGCGUCGCUCGUCGAAGGACACGUAAGCAGUGCUGAAGAAGACAAAAGCAGCAACGGCCAGGUCAAUGACGCUUUUAACGAAGACACGGGUGUGGAGUCUUCUGAUGAGCUAAUUGUUCUGGAUGAGAUUACUCAGGGUAACGAUUCUGACCCUGAAAAGAACCGAAUGAGUGAAGAUGCGGAAGAAAAAGGCACGCCCGUGUCGGAUGCACAAGCAGUUGAAGAUAACGAAGAAGCUGUUGCAAAGAAAAUACCCGGUGUUCCACACCGAAGUAAGUUCGCGGAAGGUAUCAUUCCUUUUGAAGACACGCCGGAGUUUACGGAGGUCGCUGAGGCAACAGGGGUUUACCUAAGGAUUCGAAGCUUGCUCAAAGAAUCCCCUCGAAAUCAGGCGAAAAACAAGAAACUAAGUUCGUGAGUUCUAGAUUGUUUGUGUGUAUAAAUACUGAGUACUUUCUGUGAACUGAACCUUUUUUUUUUGUUUGUUAUGGGAUGAUCCAAUGGAGUAAUUCUGAGGUACAGCUAUCCAGUUUGUUGUCAGAAUCUUUCCCAUCCUUGCUUUGCCAUUUUUAUAAAAAAUACCAAUCUUUCUAAACCCCGCCCCGCAACAGUUAAUUUACUUCUGCUUUUAUAAUUACCCGGAGGACAACUUUUGUAACAAUGGUUUAGACUGGUGUUUUAUGUCUGUACAGUUUUAUAAACAAUUUCUCGUUUUUUGUCCUCUUAGACCCACGUUUCUAAUAGUCCGGUGGUACUUCUCUUACACCGAUGUCUUUAUAUCCAGUUCUUUUUUUUUUUUUUUUCCCAAAUUGGCCAUCAUUGCUGGUUUGCAUUUGCAAUUUAUUAUUAUUUUUAACACUAAAUUAUUUUUAAAGCUGCAUUUUUAUGAGGGUCUGAACUGGUUUUAUUCAUAAAUGUUUGAUGGCCAAGGUCCAGCUGUUCAAGGGAUCAUUAAAAAUAAAAGGCUCUCAUUUGUUCUGAUUUUUUUACAAUUAUAGCUCUGUGAGCAGCUGUCUCUCCUUCCAUGAAUUAAAGGACUCCAACCACAAUGA